AUGUCAGAAGAUCAAAUCAAAAUGAACGAUGAAAAUAUGACGAAAGAAGAAAGAGAAGUUUUAAUUGAGGCAAAUACAAAAAAGGAAUGGGAGUCCAACGGGCAGUGGUUAAAAAGAAAAGAAUUUCUUUUAAAAAUGUUAAAAUAUCACAAAAAGAAUAAUGUUAAAAUUGAUGUAGAUAAGUUUUCAAAAAUGGGUCAUAUAUUUUACAACAUGAAAUACCUUAGCUGUACCUAUAGCUCGCAGGUUGUAGAUGAAAUGAACAAAUACCAAGAUAGUUGA